AUGUCAAAGAAUAAUGAUGCUGUACUUGUUACAGCGUCUAAUUACUACGAGCUUGGUGAAAAAUAUCAACGAGAAAAUCAGAAAGAAAAAACACUAAUAUUACUUGGCAACGAGCAAGAAAUAUUUUCUGAAAUGGACAUGCCAUUCUUUUACUGCAAAGUUGUCGAUAUUUCUACUUUUGCCCGAGGUGAAACCUUGCCAUCGACUGCAGACAUUCCACUAUUUAUUGAUUGGGCAAAGUCAUUGUAUGAAGUAACACUACAACAUUUAAAACGGAUUCAAAGAGAGGAACACGUAGAUAUAUUUACACCCUUUGCGAGCGUACAUUUAAAUGCUGAUUACCUCGGAUCUUUCGACUUAUGGUGCGAAAAAUUUCACUGGGAGCGACGACCAAAACAUCUCGUAGUCGAGCGAUAUCAUAACAAUACCCAUCGAUUAAAAAUACAUUUGCUUUUACUCAAUCACUUGUUUCGUACGCAGCCCGAUCAUCAGUCAAAAACAACAAUGUGCCGAGCAUUGUACUAUUAUCUGUAUAGGGACCAUUUCCGAGAUUUGGAAUCUCUUUUUACGCUGUAUUCUUCGAAAUGCGCAGUGGAGUGGUACCGAGAUGAUUCUGGCAUCUCUCAAGUCGUAAACAGAGCUCUUCGAGUAAAAAAUGUCGAUGAUAUACAUAUCCUUCGUCACUUUAUGAUCGAACUCUAUCAGCAACUCGAUGAAAUAUAUGAACGACAGAGACCCACUGACGAAAAUCAUAUGACAUUAACAGUAUAUCGUGGUCAGCAAGUUUGUCGAAAUGAAUUGCGGAAUUUUAUUGAAAAUAUUGGGCAAGCAAGCUUUAUUAAUAGCUUUUUCUCGACAACUUUCAAUUUAGAAGUGGCUUAUCUAUAUCUGGAAACUAAUACAACCAAUGCUCAGAUUGUGAAUGUUGUAUUUGUAGUAGAAUUGGACACGUCACAUGUAACGCGACCCUAUGGUUAUAUUACGAAUAGCAGCGAGGAAAACGAAUUAAUUAUCUCGCCGGGUACCAUUGUCUCUAUACAGAACGUGGAAAGAAUCAAUAAAGGUUCUGUCGAGUGCAAUAAUAUGCAGUCAGAUAAUCAGAAAAACGAGUUUUGGCUAAUUAAACUGCAGUCAAUUGACGAAAAACAAUUCCUCGGUAGUACAUUGACAAUAUUGUCUGAAACAAGUAUGAUUGGGGCCGGAGAACCGGUCGUGAUAUGCUUUUUGUUGUUCUUUGUAAAAGUCGCCUGA